AUGUCUCUUAUUAGAAAAUCUAUUUAUGCUGCCCAGCCGUCCACUACGCGUGCUACGUCUACACAUCUCUCUGUUGAUCCAAAGGGUGAACGUCUAGCAUAUGCCUCUGGAAAAUCUGUCUUUCUCCGCUCAAUCGAUGACCCUUCAAUUAGCACGCAGAAUACAGCUCACACUGCGAACGUUAAUGUAGCCCGCUUUUCUCCCAGUGGUUAUUAUGUUGCUUCUGGAGAUACUUCAGGAAUGGUAAGAGUAUGGGACUGUGUGGGUGAGGAUAUGAAUACCAAGGGAGAAUUCGGUAUCAUCUCUGGUACUAUCAAGGACCUUGCCUGGGAUGGAGAAAGCAAGCGGAUUAUCGCAGUUGGUGACGGUAAAGAACGCUUUGGACAUUGUAUAACCUACGACACUGGUAAUUCCGUGGGAGAGAUCCUUGGCCAUUCAUCCAUCAUUAACUCGGUUUCGAUACGCCAGCAACGCCCAUAUCGAGCUGCUACCGCAUCUGAUGAUAAAACACUCGUUUUUUAUCAUGGUACGCCAUUCAAGUUCAACCAAACGCUCACUGGAAACCAUUCCAAUUUUGUUCAAGGCGUUGCAUUUUCUCCUGAUGGCGAACACUUCGUUUCUGUUGGUUCAGAUCGUAAGAUAUUCCUAUAUGAUGGCAAGACUGGAGACUUGAAGUCAGAGGUUACAUAUGGUGAUGCUGGGCACAAGGGGGGCAUCUACUCGGUCUCCUGGAGUAGUGAUUCAAAGCGGUUUGUCACUGCAUCCGCGGAUCAGACAGUCAAGCUGUGGGAUGUGGAGCAAUCAAAGAACUCUUUUACUUGGAAGUUCGGGGAGGAGGGAAUUCCGAGUAUUCCAGACCAUCAAGUUGGAGUUGUCUGGACGCCCCGGUCCGACGAUACUAUAAUUUCACUAUCUUUGGCAGGAGAUUUGAAUUAUCUUAACUUUUCCGCCCAUAAGCCGUACAAAGUAGUUCACGGGCAUCAAAAGGCCAUCACUGCUCUUAAGGUCACAAAAGAGAGCAAGACAUUAUUUACAGGAAGUUAUGAUGGAAGAAUUUGUAAAUGGGACACAACAGUGGGCGCAGCUGCUGGAUUGGAUGGGAAAGGCCAUGAGAACAACGUCUCGGGCUUUGCGGAGACCCAGACCGGGUCAGUUGUCAGCGUUGGGUGGGAUGAUCACGCCAGGCAAAUCGAUGUCGGGGCUGGAUGCUUUGUUGCAAACGCUCCAACUGAAGGCCAACCCAAGGGUAUCGCAGAACUUGGUCCGAAUGGUUCUACAGUUGUGGUUUCAGAAAAUGCCAUUACCGCCUACGGCAAGGACCUCGAAAUUAUCGCUACACUAGUUCCUAAAUACACGCCUACCUGUGUUGGUGCUUCAUCUACAUAUGAAAUUGCGAUUGGCGGGCAGAACAAUAUCAUCCAGGUCUACAGCGUUUCUGGAUCUACAAUUACAGAAUCCAAAAAAAUCAUUACACGAUCCACACCAACAUGUCUUUCCUACUCUCCUAACGGCAAAUACCUUGCUGCCGGCGAUGCCUCAGGUAAAAUCACACUAUAUGAUACUACGGAUCAAACAUAUAGUGUUAAAACAACACGCUGGAGUUUCCAUACUGGACGUGUUGAUAGUAUUGUGUGGAACGACGAUGGAACCCACGUUGUUACUGGAGGCCUUGACACAAAUGUCUUUGUGUAUAGUGUCGAGAAUCCUGCGAAGAAUUUGAAGGCUAGAAAUGCACAUAUGGGAGGUGUCAAUGCAGUAGGCUGGGAGGAAAAAGACGUGAUUGUCUCAGCUGGGGCGGACGGAGCAGUUAAAAGAUGGGGUGUCACAUUUGCUGGUUAG